ACACCAGCCAGUUCGUCUCCUUGGUGAUGUUCGCGCUCAUGAUGUGCGAUGACAGGAUCUCCAUGCAGGAAAGGCGCAAGGAGAUCAUGCGGGGGCUGAAGGGCCUGCCAGACUUGAUUAAGGAGGUGCUGAGCAUGGAUGAUGAGAUCCAGAAGCUGGCAACAGAGCUCUACCAUCAGAAGUCCGUUCUCAUUAUGGGCCGGGGCUACCACUAUGCGACGUGUCUUGAGGGAGCUUUGAAAAUUAAAGAAAUCACCUACAUGCACUCGGAAGGGAUAUUGGCAGGGGAGCUGAAGCACGGGCCCCUCGCGCUGGUGGACAAGCUCAUGCCCGUGAUCAUGAUCAUCAUGAGGGAUCACACGUAUGCCAAGUGCCAGAACGCCCUCCAGCAGGUGAUCGCGCGACAGGGGCGGCCCGUAGUGAUCUGUGAUAAGGAAGACAUCGAGACGAUUAAGAACAACAAGCGCACGAUCAAGGUUCCCCACUCGGUGGACUGUCUGCAGGGCAUCCUGAGCGUUAUCCCCCUCCAGCUCCUGGCCUUCCACCUGGCCGUCCUCAGAGGCUACGACGUUGAUUAUCCAAGAAAUCUGGCCAAGUCCGUAACUGUAGAGUGAAAGAUCAUCUGAAUCAUAGGGGCAAAGGGGAAUUAAAUGAAAGACUUUUUUUGGUACCAAAAUAACUUGAUUUUAAAGUCCCCUAGGUAAAUCUUAUUUUGCUAAAUCAUCGUUUGUGUACGAGAUCACCGUAAUUCCAUUACAUUAGUGAUUGUCAAAUUGAUUCCACAUGCUAUGUCAAUAGCUUUGGGUUUUCUGAACACUAGACGUCCAUGAAAGGUGUUAAAUGGUUUUCUUUAAAGCUU